AUGCUGCCAUAUCAGACCCUUGAAGAGGCAGCGUUGGCUCUAGGAAGAAACCUAACCCUGGCGGAGAGACUAUGGUACAACUAUUCAGCUCAGAAAUCGGACUUCCUCCUUUACAGUCACAAUGCUCUUUUCAUGAUCUUGGUGUUCUCCUUGGUCCCUCUCCCCUGUGCGUUCAUGGAGCUGAGUCAGUCAAAGAGAAUGGCCAAGUUCAAGAUUCAACCUGACAUCAAAAGAUCAUUCUCCGACAUGUUUAAUUGUUAUAAACAUGUUAUGAAGAUGUUGGCUUUCGUGUUGGGUCCUCUUCAAUUCGUUUCCUUCCCUGCCAUUAAGUGGCUUGGGAUUCAUACAAGCUUGCCACUGCCAUCUUUAUGGGAGGUUUUAAGUCAAUUGUUGGUUUACUUCCUUAUCGAGGACUACGCCAGCUACUGGUUUCAUCGGCUGCUGCUCCAUAGCCAAUGGGGCUACCAUAAAAUCCACUACGUGCACCAUGAAUACCGAGCUUCGUUUGGAUUUACAGCUCUUUAUACCCACUGGGCAGAAAUUCUGAUAUUUGGUAUUCCAACAUUUCUUGGUCCGGCCAUGGUUCCAUGCCACAUGAUCACACUCUGCCUUUGGACCAGUUUGCGCCUUGUCGAGGCCAUCGAGGCACACAACGGGUUUGAGUUUCCUUGGAGUCCGACCAAAUUCAUACCAUUUUGCGUUGGGGCGGGGUACCAUGAUUACCAUCACUAUGUUGGAGGACAAAGUCAGAGCAAUUUUGGUUCGGUUUUUACCUACUGCGAUUUUAUCUAUGGAACUAAUAAGGGAUAUCGCCAUCGCAAGCAAGCCCUUGAAAAGAUUACCAAAAAAAAUCCCCAAAAUUCCAAAGUGAAUGGAGUAAAGAGUAGGAGAAAUCAAUAAAUUUCAAAGAAAUUAAAAAGCAAAACUAACUCUGGAAUUAGUCGAGUCUUAGUUGAGGCGCUAACCACUUGAAUAAUUCAGCUUAUUUUUUCGGUUCAUAUUUAUACAGAAAUCAAGGAAAGUAAAAUCAAGAAAUGAAAGUUCAAGUUCUGUUCGGAUCCCUUUGUAAUUUUGGUAAGCAAUCAA